AUGGCUGGUGAUCCAGAAAUCGAGCGUGAGGAUGACUUAGCACAGAAUCCCAUCCAAAAAAUGACAGAGUUGAAGCAGUUGAGGUCCAGCACGAAGGGAAACAUUGGCCGUAUUAAAAAUUUCAUUGUGAAAAAAGGUUCGGCGUUGUCAAUAGAAGAGCUUGAAUGCAGACUGGGCAUUCUCGAAUCUUAUUUUAAGCAAUGUAUAAGCGUGCAGGCGAGUAUAGAUAAGAUUUGUCCAACCGCUGAUGUUGCUGCAAAUGCUGCUGUUGUUGCCGAAGUGGAAGAGACUUAUGUUACGACGAAGACCAAGAUUAUGACGUUCUUGUCAAAGCGUCGACCGUCAGCUCCUGAUACUAGUUUCCUCAACACAACCACGUCGGUGUCUGUCCCUCGAAUACGUCGGGAGGUCAAAUUACCGACAUUUGAAGGGAAGUAUUCUGAAUUUCCAAAAUUUAUUUCACUUUUUAAUAAAUUAAUUGAUCAGGACAAAUCCCUUGAUGACUGCGAGCGUUUUUUGAUUUUGAAAGAGCAUCUGGGUGCAAGACCAUUGGCAGCGGUUGCAGACUUUGACGUCACCGAGGAAAAUUACCUGAAGGCUGUUAAGCGGUUGACUGAAUGCUUCGACAAGAAGUCUUUGAUGUUCGAAGAGCACGUUUCAGCUCUAUUCUCAAUACAAAGGGUUAGUAAACCAUCAGCAAAUCAUCUACGGCACGUCAUAGAUUCCGUCAACGCACACAUCAGUGCAAUGUUGUCACUGGGUGACUAUAAAAACAUUGCCAACUCUAUGAUCAUUCACCUGGUAAUGGAAAGGUUGGACGAAGAGUCACAAGUGAAGUGGGAGGAGUCCGUAGACUACCGAAAGAUUUCUACAUGGGAAGAAUGCUCUGCAGUGCUGAGUAGGCGUUGCCAAAAUUUAGAAGCACGUGAGUCAAAAGGCUUGUCAUUAGAAUCAAAAUCAACUUACACACAGAAAAACAGCAAAAAUAAACAAUCGUCGCUGGCGAUUACCAAGUCGUCAUGUGGUAUAUGCAAUGGAGGAAGUCAUGACCUAGCUGAAUGCAACGAAUUUCUUCGAAUGACAUUACGAAACCGGUACAUAGCAGCGCGAAAGUCAAAGGUUUGUUUUACUUGCUUACGGAAAGGCCAUUGGCAGAAAGUAUGCACAGCGCAGAAAUGUAGCGAAUGUGGUGCUGCCCACCACAAACUUCUACACAAGAUUUCUUCACCGCCUGCGAAUGUUGUUGUCGCGCAACACCAGCAACAAAGCGAUAAACUAAAUGAUUUGGUGGCUGCUUCGACUUCUCGCUCAGCUGUUUUGAGCACUGUCGCUGAGCCGGAGGUGUUUUUAGCUACUGCAGUGGUGUUGGUGAGUGACAGCUUUGGAAGAUUCCAUCGUGCUAGAGCGAUUCUAGAUUCUGCCUCUCAAAUAAAUCUGAUGUGCGAGAAAUUAGCUCAAAAAUUGUUGUUGAAGAGGUCACCUUGUGAGCUAGCUGCUAUUGGGGUUGGUGAGGUUUCCACAACACUCAAAAAGUAUGCCGUAGCAAAACUGAAAUCAUCUGUAAACGAGACUGAAUACAAUUUGGGAUUCUUUUUGUUGCCUCGUAUAACGACCCCAAAACCAGACAGGCAUUUUGAUGUUUCGUCUUGGAGUAUUCCAAAGAAUAUAAUACUUGCUGAUCCAGACUUUAAUACACCGGGACGCAUUGACUUGCUGCUAGGCGCUGAAAUUUUUUUAGAUUUAUUGUGCGUCGGCCGUAUAAUGCUUCAGCCAGAUUUACCAAGGCUUCAAAAGACAAGACUAGGAUGGAUUGUUUCUGGAAAGGCAGCAGAAUGUUCUGUUCCGUUCCGCUCUCACAGUUUGAUGAUAAACAGUUGUGAGUCAGCUGAUAUUAAGCUCGACCAGCAAUUGGAGAAAUUCUGGGAAGUGGAACAAGUAAAUAAUAAGAAAAAGUUCUGGACAGAGGAAGAGGCAGAGUGUGAAAAAAUAUUUUUGGAAACUACUCAGAGAGAUGAUACGGGACGGUUUGUGGUUAAGAUUCCCUUUAAGAACGAAGUUAGCCAAUUAGGCGAAUCGUUUCAUAAUGCUGAACGUCGUUUUUUGUCUUUAAGGCGUAGAUUGAACAAUGAUUUAACAACUAGGGAGUUGUAUGAUGACUUUAUGAAAGAAUACUUACGCCUAGGCCACAUGACUGUGGUGGAGAAAGACGAGCUCGAGCACAUAAAAUAUUACUCGCCCCACCAGUGUGUGCUGCGACCAGAAUCAUCAAGUACAAAAUUACGUGUGGUGUUUGACUGCAGCGCCAAGACAAGCAGUGGAAUGUCGUUGAACGAUGUGAUGAUGAAAGGGCCUGUUGUACAAGAUGACUUGCUGUCCAUAGUGCUACGUUUCAGAUGUUACAAGUAUGGUAUUACUGCUGAUGUUUGUAAAAUGUAUAGGCAGAUGUGGGUAACAGAGGAGGAUGCGAAUUACCAGGCAGUGUUGUGGCAGCCGCCAGAGAGUGAAGCCAUACAGGUAUAUCGCUUAAAGACAAUUACUUAUGGCACCACAUCAGCCCCAUAUUUAGCCACAAGGUGCUUAAACAUGCUGGGAGAAAGCUGUGUCGCAGAAUAUCCUAUGGCGGCUAGAGCAAUAAUGUCCGACUUUUAUAUGGAUGACUUGAUUAGCGGCACUAACAAGGAAAAAGAAAUAUUCGAAUUGUAUCACCAAUUAACAUCAGCAGUGGGUACUGCCCAGCUAAGCUUGAGAAAAUGGUACUCGAACAGCACAAGUUUUUUAGAAAGUUUGGGAUCUUUGGAAAAGGAAAAAACUCUUCGAGUGAAUGAAGCCGAUAUUAUAAAGACCCUUGGAAUAGUCUGGGCCCCAGUUGAAGAUACAUUCCGAUACGUAUGGCCGAUGUUUGAUGUCACAAGGGCAGUAACAAAAAGGAUCGUCCUGUCGGAAUUGGCUAAGUUGUUUGAUCCACUUGGACUUAUUAACCCCGUAAUCGUAAAGGGUAAAAUAUUCAUGCAGGAUAUGUGGAUAUUGAAGUUAAACUGGGAUGAGUCUUUGCCGCUAGAUAUGUAUAAUAAUUGGGUAGAGUAUCGUGGAAAGCUGAAAGGCGUCGAAGAUAUUGCAGUGCCGAGGUAUGUUUUGUCAGAUAAUUUCUGCAGAGUGGAAAUGCAUGGAUUUGCGGAUGCGUCUAAACGCGCCUAUGGUUGCUGCAUUUACAUUCGCACCGUGGCCGAAGAUGGUAGAAUAACUGUCCGCUUGUGGAGUGCAAAAUCGAGAGUGGCGCCGCUGAAGACCCAAUCUUUGCCUCGUUUAGAGUUGCUAGCGGCUGAGUUAUUGUCCGAAUUGGUGUGCAAAACAAAAGCUAAUUUUCCCUUGGAUAUUAAUGGCACUUAUUUAUGGACUGAUUCGGAGAUUGUCCUCGAUUGGCUGAGCGAACAUCCGUCUCAUUGGAACACGUUUAUUGCCAACCGUGUCUCGUCUAUACAAGAACAAUGUAAAACGGCAAUUUGGAGGCAUGUUCCAUCUAAAUUAAAUCCAGCCGACAUAAUAUCAAGAGGUGCGUAUGCAUUUGAACUACAUGACUCUAUUUGGUUUACAGGGCCACAAUUCUUGCUGAAGUAUUAUUGUGAUUGGCCAGUAAAUAAGACAAGACAAAAAAGAUCAGAAGUGGAAGAAGAGAGGGUGCGCUCCCCGGUAAGCUUACUAGUGCAAGCUGAAAAACCAGUUUUUGUCUCAUGGAUGGAAAGACACAGCGAUGUACAAAAAUUACUUAGACUUGUUACGCUCUUGAGAUUUGCUUUCCGAAAACUCAAGCCAGAGAGCGAAUCGUUGGAUGAAAGCCUUAUGCGCAUUGUGUAUGCUUUACAACAACACUACUUUCGGGAGGAAUUUGCCAUACUCUCCAAGCAGAGAGACUUGCCAGCAAGUAGUAAAUAUAAGAGUUUGAGCUUGUUUAUAGAGAAUGAGAACGCUGUGCCUUUGAUCAGGGUGGGUGGUCGGUUGGCGAACGCGAAUCUCCCUUAUGAUUCAAAACACCAAAUACUAUUGCCAACAGACAGCAAGCUAGUAAAGACAUAUGUACGUCACAUUCAUCGAACGCAUUAUCAUGCAAGUACACAGGCUCUUAUGGCAUUACUUAGGCAAAGAUUUUGGAUUCCACAUGCGCGGAAACUAGUACGAUCUGUUGUUGGAAGUUGCCUACACUGUUUCAGAUACAGGCCUAAAGUGUGUAACCAGCUGAUGGGUGACUUGCCUGUCUCCAGAGUCUCGGUGGCCAGGCCAUUCACUGUAAGCGGUGUGGAUUUCUGCGGACCAUUUAUAACAACAGUUAAUCUAAGAGGUGCCCGUACAACGAAAAGUUACGUGGCUGUUUUUAUUUGCUUUUGCACGAAAGCUGUACACAUGGAGGUGGUCUCUGACUUAACAGCUAAAGCAUUCAUUGCAGCGCUGAAGAGGUUUGUCGCUCGCCGUGGUCUGUGCGCACAACUAUUUUGCGACAAUGCGACCAAUUUUGUAGGUGCACGGCGUGAGCUGAAAGAAAUGCGACAAAUAUUCUUCGACCAGCAGGUGCAGAAUAAAAUAUCAGCGUACUGUAUAGCGAAAAACAUUGAGUUCCACCAUAUACCUCCUAGGUCGCCCCAUUUUGGAGGCCUGUGGGAGGCGGCUGUUAAAUCGGCAAAAUAUCAUUUAAACCGUGUGUUUGGAGAAUCUCAUUUAACAUUUGAAGAAUUAUCAACGGUGGUAGCCGAAAUAGAGGCUAUAUUGAAUUCGCGCCCGUUGACAACGAUGUCGAAUGACCCAAAUGAUGAAAGUGUGUUAACACCAGGUCAUUUUUUAACAGGUGGACCGAUCGCCGGCAUUGCAGAGCCAAUAUUGGAUGCCAAAGAAUGGUCGUAUAAAGACAGAUGGCUGCGGGUGUCCGCCAUUCAGCAACACUUCUGGAAGCGUUGGUCAAUGGAGUACCUACACGAGCUUCAACAAAAGGUAAAAUGGACGAAAAAGCAAAAGAAUUUAGAGGUCGGCGAACUGGUGCUGGUUGCAGAAGAUAACUUGCCCCCUAAGCAGUGGCUUUUGGGUAGGGUGGUAAGCGUUCACAAAGAUGCAAAAGUGAUGGUCUACCAAACCGAAACCUCAAUCCAACUUUUUACAGUUCUAUGGAUAAACUCGCUGCAUAUUUUAGCUCACCCGAGUUGGCACCCUGGUGAGGUUUGUGUCCUCAAUAGAGAUGAAGGGAAACCAAUGUGGUUAACAGAGUUGCCUUAUUCACACGAAAACAAAGACCAUUGCUUCGAAAAUUAUCUUCAGACAAAAGAAACUAAAUUAACCAUUAAAACAGAUGACAGUAUGAAUGCAUACGAGGAUGAACGCCUGAAACAUUGCGAUAACCCGAAGGACGAUCAUUUCUAA